GGGCCGUUGUUCCCGGGGCUCUCCCCCUGCCCCGGAAGUCGCGCUCCCGGAAGUCGCGCUGCCCUCUCGGUCUCUUUCCGCCGCCAUCUUGGGCCCCGCUCCCCGCACAAAAUGCCCGGCGAAGCCACAGAAACCGUCCCGGCCACGGAGCAGGAGCUGCCGCAGCCGCAGGCGGAGACAGGGUCUGGCACAGAGUCUGACAGCGAUGAAUCCGUACCAGAGCUCGAAGAGCAGGACUCCACACAGGCCACGACGCAGCAGGCACAGCUCGCGGCAGCCGCCGAAAUAGACGAAGAACCCGUCAGCAAAGCCAAACAGAGCCGGAGUGAGAAGAAAGCUCGCAAGGCAAUGUCCAAGCUGGGCCUUCGCCAGGUGACAGGAGUGACCAGAGUCACCAUCCGGAAAUCCAAGAACAUCCUGUUUGUCAUCACAAAGCCAGACGUGUACAAGAGCCCGGCGUCAGACACCUACAUUGUCUUUGGGGAGGCCAAGAUCGAAGACCUGUCCCAGCAGGCUCAGCUGGCAGCUGCUGAAAAGUUCAAAGUGCAAGGAGAACCCGUGUCCAACAUCCAGGAAAACACACAGACCCCCACGGUGCAGGAGGAGAGCGAGGAAGAGGAGGUGAGGCCUUCCUCAGCCUCUCAGUGGGGUUAUGUGAUGGGGUUCACAGGGGUCUUGUGCUGAGGGGAGAGAUGAGGAUCUGACUUCA